AUGGUUUUGGCAUGUAGGAAUUCAAGGAAGACGAGUGGUCAGACCAGUGCAUUGGUCGUGGGCUGUGGGGGACUUGGCUGCGAAUUGGUCAAAAUACUCUCGCAAACAGGUGGAUUCCAGCUGACUCUGGUUGAUUUUGAUACAAUUGAUUUGACUAAUCUGAAUAGGCAGUUUUAUUAUACCAGGGAUGACAUUGGGAAGAGCAAGUCACAGAGACUCGCUAGCAAAGUUAAUUGCGCCUAUUUUUGUUCAAAAAUUGAGGAAGUUGACUCAAUUGAGUUUUAUAGGGGAUUUGGAGUUGUAUUCAACUGUCUUGAUAGUGACAGAGUCAGGUCACAUGUCAACAAGAUGUGCUACCUAUCACGAACUAGACUCAUUGAUGGUGCAUCUGGCGGAUGGCUUGGGUAA